CAGUAAAUCGUGUCAUUUUCUAAGCUGUGAUUCAGAUGUGCUUAUUAUACACAGCAUAGAUAAACACUGUGAUCCCGUUAACACGCUUAAACAGAGGGUGCACAUUUAUAUGCAUUAUUGUUCUCUCACUUCACUUUUCCUUUAAAGGUCUUGUUCUGGUUUUGCUCGUACAUCCAGCCCCUCUGUGUGGCGACGUGACCGUGCGCACGCGCUGCUGUCUCCGAGGAGGUGUGCAGGGAAAAUGAAGCUCUUCCGCAGUGUAACUCUGUGCGCAGAUCUGCGUGUCUGUGCGUCCUGCGUCCUGCUGAUCAGACCGUGCGCACGUUUUUCUGAUUGAAGACUUUCUUCUUUUGCAAGAGCAAACGAUUAAGUGUUGGGAGAAAAAAAGGGGGCGCAGAAAUCCGCAGUGGCAACGGGAUGUAAAACACGCUCUGAAUUGGCACACGCGCAGACGGACGCGCACGCACACACGCACACACGCACGCAGGCUCUCGGUGUUACCUGAGCCGGUCGGCUUCAUUGCCUCAUCACUGCUGACCGGACAGGUUUUAAACCUCAGGACUAAAUUCGGUCUUUUUUUUUAUGGAAAACGAAGCGACAGGAGAAGUCGCGGUCAUGCUGCCUCCGAAAAAUUGCCUCCCGAGAAAUUACAGUUGCAUCGCGGGCUUGUUUGGGAGCCUGACCGCAAACCAGAAGAUGGACGACGGCGAGAAAACUGAAGGCGAGGAGGAAGAGGAGGAGGAGGAGGACGUGACCGGUGAAUGCGAGCCGUUAGAAAUGCGCGUUGUAGACGAGAGGCCGAGGGGACGGGAAUCUCUACCGAAGCCACCGCCGAGUCCCGGCCUGCGCCGCCGGUGCAAAUCCUUACCGAGCUCCGCCGAGAGAGCCAAACUGGAAGUGGCGCGGAUCUGUAGCCCGUCCAGCCAGAAGAAAGUGCGCUUCGCCGACUCGCUCGGUCUGGAGCUCAUCACCGUGCGCCACUUCGACGACACCGACGUGCCUGAAACACCAGACCGUGUCAUGGACAAGUUCAAAAAGGCAAGAGCUCUCCACCUGAACAAUUUCGAGCAGUCAAACGGCUUGACGCAGUCCACCUUCGUGGAGACUCUGUUCACGACUCCGGGCUCGCAACCUGACUUCGAGGAGCGUCUCCAAAGCUCCAAGGUGCUGCUGGAAUCCGUGGAGACCGACGAGUUCAGCGUCUCGGGUGUCGUGCGUGUCCUGAACUUGGCGUUUGAGAAGUGCGUGACACUGAGAUACUCGCUCAACAACUGGUUAACCUUCAUGGACGUUCCGGCCUCCUACGUGCCGCAGUCGUGCGACGGUGUCAGCGACAAGUUCCACUUCAAGAUCGUCACGCCGGCGUUCUUCGAGGGAAGCGGCAGCCUCCAGUUCGCCGUCCGCUACUGCGUCGGGACGGAGCAGUUCUGGGACAACAACGACGGCAAAAACUACAAAGUGCGACGCCACAGAUUCAAAAUCUCGCCUCCGCGCGAAUGGGAUAACGGCUGGAUCCACUUCAUCUAGAUCUACUGUGUGUGAUUAGAGGAGAAUGAUCAUUAGUGCCUGCGUUGUGUCUGUGGAGCCUGCACUGAAUCCCACAGGGCUCCACAUAUAGUGUACCAUAGGCUACUAUACAGUGUGUGUAACUGAUGUAUUCUAAAUAGGGAUGCACUUUUUUCUGUUUCAUAUCAAGGCUAAGAGUAUCAUCUGAUACUGAUCUGAUUAAAUCAGCCCACAAUAUUGAACCCCCUUGGGCUGAGUCCAGAAUGGCUCAUACCGGUCAGAUAGGGCGCUAGGUAGGGUGAAGAGAUCACAGGAUUAUUAUGCACCUGCGGACGAGUGCAAAAGUUUGCAUGGCUUAUUGUUUUCUAUUCUCAAAAAUUCCCAGUCCGUAUAGAUUUCUUUUUUUACGAGUCUGAGACUAAAGCCGGCUGUUCACUGUGCGUCGUUUAAGAUUAUUACUUCAUCGUGAUUCCUGAAAAAUAUUGACAUAAUUCUAUAACAUUUCAAGAUUAUUAUUAUUAAUUAUUAUUAUGCUCUGAGUGGAAAAGUAUAUUUUUUUUUAAUCUGUUUGCACAUUUUGUUUAUAUUUUCUCAUCACCACUAGCGUAUCUAUAUCUGUCCCAUGAGUCUUGCAUCAUCUGAUACCGUCUUCCUACUGGUGGCUUUCAGACGAGCAUCAUAGCAGCAGCGCUCACGCUCUUUACUGUCGGUCAUCUUUGGUCUCAGUGCUACAAAAUCCACCAAUAGAUAAUGUGAGCACGUCAUGUUUUGAUUUCUUAGACGAUCGAUCAUUCCUAAUGCACCGUUAUCUUAAUAGCGAUUCCUACAUUUCAAUUAGCCUGUACUAAUUAAUUAAGGCCAUUUAAUUUAAAGCGUCUAACACGAUUUUCCAUCUUGUUUAAGGCAGAAAAUGUUAAAAUGGUAUUUAUGUCCUAAGCAACGUUGUUGUGAGUCAGUGGGAAUGAGGAAAGCGGUAGAAGGUGAACAAAAAAAAUAAUCUAAACAGCUGGAGAUGUGAAAGCCUUUGAGGCAAAUGCAAGUCAGCGCAUAAAUGUUCAAACCUAAACUCCUUGAAUUCUUUGGCUAUCUUACACUGUAUAAACCGGACAUCAGUUAAAUGCCUUAUUGUUUUCAUCAUCCUCGAGCAGGGGUAUGCAAACUUUUGCACAUAAAUGUAUAUUAAGUCAAAAACUCAGCCAAGGUAUUUGAUGUAUCUUUUAGACUGCUGUUCUAUUCUACAGAGCGACUUCUCUGCUGAAUAACUUCCGUUUUAAAUGAAAAGCACCGUUGUUGUGAAAGUUGAUGUGGCUUCGAGGCGUUGUGACACAUCUUGUCCACAUACACUUGUGUGUACGUUCGCUCUCUUCCUCGAUACGGAGCCGGAAAUAGAAUGUAGAGCCUUUGUACUUUACGCAUAAUACUGUAUGUGUUUGGGCAGAAUAUAUGUCACUGCUUGUAAUAUAGCUGAGGAUACUCGCACACCGAUUCAUUUAGAGAGGGCUGAGAAGAAAACGACAGAGCAGAACUUGACAAGCUGGAGAUCCGCUCCAACAAACCAGACACCGUGUUUAAUAAUAACGAGUCAAAGGGGCAACAGAAUGAACGAAGUCGUGUACAAAAGGGAAGACGUGUCAUGGAGAUCACGUGACCAGACCUUUAACGUUCCGACUUUAAAAAAAAACGACCCCGAUAAAGUUCAAUGCUCAACAACCUGUCCUGAAGUUUCCAUCUCAUCACGAGGAGAGGCGAGGCGAGGCGAGCUAAUGGACUAUUGAUGUUGGCAGCAUGGAGGGAGGGAUAUGAGGCAAAGAAGAGAAGUCUUCGAGAAACGAUGAAAAGAACUCGUGUCUUCAUGAUACUGAGUUAGGUGACUAAAAAAAGUCUUUUUGGGGAACACUAAAUUUAUCCAACCACAAAAAAAACAGGUAAAAAUGUAAAAUAUUUCAUUUAAAAGACAUGAGAUGGGAAUGAAAUCACAGAGUAGCACAUGGAGGUUAAACGUAAUCCCGUCCAAAUAGGGCUCAGGAAUCCAUAUGCACCAAAUUUGUCUGCUUUUUAUUUGCUUAUUUGUUUUUGUUUUUUUUUCUAUUUUCUUUCUUCCUUUCUAUUUGUUACCCAGUGCUAAUUCGGAUCCAGACUGAAUUCGACUUAGAAUUUGGAUUAGCACUGGGUAACAAACAGGGCUCAGGAAACCUCAUGCACCAAAUUUGUCUGCUUUUUAUCUGUUUUCUUUUGUUUUCUUUGCCUUCUAUGUUGGAUUUCGUGCAAAGUUUUGCUCUCAAACAGAACCAUGAUGUAGAUGUAGAAAUGUAAGAAAAACUUUACACACUAGGAUUAAUACAACAUCCUGUAACCCAGGGAGACAUUUAUAUAUUCAGGAUUUCCCCAGGAACCGUAAAGGAAAGCCUCGUGCUGAGAUGCUCUCUUCAUAACGUGACGGGUUUCCUCACUUUUCUCGGAUUCCACUUAAAACGUGGAUUUCAUACUAAACACAUUUAUACAGUGAGAUCCUUUCACAACAGCAGAUUUAUUUUUAUGCAAUAGAACCAAAACGAAAUGUGUUUAUCGAGUUUGUUAUAUCAUUAUAUACAUAUAUAAUCAUUCCUGUUCUGGGUGUGUUUGCUUACAGCAUGUCGCAAGUUCGUUUUUUUAUUUGUUUUGUUUGUUUUGUAAAAAAAAAAUUGUAGUUUGUAACCGUGGAUGUUAAAAUUGUAGGAAAUGUAGCAUUUUUUGCAGAUAUGACUUUAAUCUGGUCUGGUCAUGCUCCAUUCUGUUUAUUUAGAAGACAGAGUAUAAAGAAGAUUGGAGAUCUGAUUAGAUUAGAUUGGACCUGAUGAUGUUCUAGCUCGAUGAAUGACAUUGCUGGACCACUCGGGUUCUUUAAAAUCAGUUUCUUUUCUAGAACUUACUCAGUCUGGCACAUUAGUGGAAAGAAAAGCUUCAUAUAUCACCAGAUGAUGUUUGGAUAAAGAUUUAAUACGUGAUUGUGAAAGUGGAUGGCAGACAGUCGCAGGAUGUUUUUGUUUUCCAUUAUUUAAUAAUUCACGAUGAGCUCAAGUUUAAUGCUGCUGAGCGAGAAACCCAAAAAGAAACGAGGAUGAGGAAGAUUGAAGGUACAAGAAAAAAAAUGAACUGGUACAAAUUCGUCACAAUUCACGAGACACGAUUCGGCCCGGAUUUGCGGUUAAGGUCUCGGUUAGAACGAUCCGAACGUUUUGGUGUGAAAUCAAACAACAUCCAACCAUCACCGUGCGAUAAUUUUGUGCCUACUGGAAUUGGAUUCUGAUUUAUGUGUAGAAUUAUUUAAUUAGAACUGAAUCUGGAAGGUUUGCGUAAGACAAAAUUAAAAUCUAGUUAUCGAAACUAGCAAGUACAAAAUUUAUUUUAAUUGUGUUUUAAAGCACAGAACCUUAAAAAUUCAAUUCACUUCGGCUCAAAUGAAUCGAAGAUUUCAGUAGACGUGUUUAUUAGCAACAUUUCUAGCCGUAAAAUAGCCGAUUUUUGGACGACGAUUAAAAUCAGCUUAAUUUUAUCUUCAAAACGUUCAAAAUGAUGCUUUAAAAAACAAAUCGAAAAAAAAAACAAUGAAAAUCCUCUGAAUUAAGCAAACCGUUUUUUUGACGAUACUUAAAGCUUAUAUUAUUUAAAGAAUGGUUUCCUGUGGAACGCUUUCUGACAGAGAAACUUCAUUGAAACUUCAUACAGUUCUACGCAGAACCUUUAAAUGUUCCUCCAGACGAACUAAAGAAUUCAAACUUUUACCGAGUCUACGAGCACAAAUUCGUAAAUUGGGUCCAAAUUUUUUUUAGCAAAUUUCUUCAGAAGUUAAAAUCUCAGUCGUGUUUUAUUGAGAACGUCUUUGAUUUUAAGAACGUCCACGAAAACGCUAAAACGGGUCGAAUUUAUUCUGUAUUCUUGGUCAUCAUAUUUAUGCACAGUGUGUGUGUGUUACCCAUAAUGCACUUUGAACUGGUAUAGUAGUGUAUGUCAGCUUUAUACCUGACACAAAAUGAUCAUAUUAUUUAUUUAUUUAUUUAUUAGAUUUUGUUUCUGCUUACUUUAGAUUUGCAUACUCAGUUGAGUAUUUUUAAUUUUUUUUAUUUUUUAGCUUGUUUAGUUUCAAAGUUGUGAAAUGACUUGGACCGCCAGUUGCACAAGUCAAAUUUAUUUAUACGGCGCUAUAUUUGUGGCACAUUUAUUAAAAAAUUGGCAUUUUCUCAACGCCGAACUUUACCCGGACGCCAUAUUUUCAGCAAUACACACCCACGCGCACAAAAGUGCAAUAAACCCUCAGUGCAUUAAAUGCGACUUUACUCCGUGAUGCUAUUUGUGCUGGUGAUAACGGAAUAAAAAGCUUCAGUGAGGUUAAAGGAGUUCACGUCAUGCUGCAAACGUGUGAGCGUAAGUUUAACCUUCUGAAAUGUCGUGACACGCCGCAGGGAAUUGCUUCUAGAUUUUGGUUGGUUAUUUGUAAUAGAGAGAUAUCGAUUGUAAAACUGGAUCGGGCUUGAUACGAGACGUGUGUAUAGACGUGUGUAUAGACGUGUGUCUUCUUGCUUAUGUGUUGUUGUUAAGCUACUGAGGUUCUCCUUUACCGAACGUUUCCCUUCCAUAAUGUGUGUCUUCCUGUUUUCCUGGAUAAAUUAUUUUCCUGAAAAGGCUAUAAAAUGAACAGAGACUUUAGUUACUUGGUGUUUCAAGAGUGUAUCGCUCUGUAAUAUACACUGUUUAACAGAUAUCUUGUGUGCAAUGUUAACUCCUGGAAAAUACACAACUGGUCAAAAGAUUGGACAAAUUAGAUAUUUCUAGAUAUAUUAGAUAUACAAAAAAAAAAUCUAUGGUUGAACGUUGUUUCUAAGACGACUGUAAAUAUUGAAGAAACCGAAGUGUAUAACAUUGUGGAGAGUUAAUUAUGUACAAAUAUCAAAUUGUAUUUUUUUAAAAGUAGAUUUUAUUUAAAACUAAGGAGACGUUCCUUCAUGUAGCAGGUUCAGGAGAUCGAGAUCGAGAGGCAGCAAAGCUUCUACAGUUAGGAAAUUAAGUUUGGUUUGGUUAAGGUUUGGUAGAAAAUGAUUUCUGGGCAUUUAUUGUGAUUUGUAUUCAUUUGAAUCAGAUUGUUCAGUGUUAGAGAUGGAAAAAUACCAAUUUUGUCAUUUUGAGAAUACUGAUUAAAAAUGUUUUACUAAAAAUCAUUUGACUCAUUUUAAAACUGAAAACGCUUAAAAAGAAUACAAGAAAAGUUUUGCUUUUCUAAAACUAAACUAAACCGAACUAAAAUUUGGAAAAGAUUUUAAUCUAUAAACAUUUGUGUCAUCUCUAGAAAAUAAUUUCAUUUAGAAAUUUAAAAACAAAUUCAGAAUUCCAGCGAACGAAUUACGAUUUUGUUUUUAUUCCUGAUCCACGAUCCAGCUCACGAACUCUCCUUCCAGGUAUUAAAGAUGUUUGCCGGGAAGUCGGACACUACGACGUUAAGACUGUAUGUGAGGUCAAAAUCGCAGUUAUUAAUAAAUUAAGCUACAAUUUUAUGUUCCCCACUUGAUCACAUGUCAUGGUUUUACUGUGUUAAUGAUAAAUCUUACACUAAAGAGGAAAAUAAAAAUGAUAUAAUGAA